UCCAUUUCUCAUUGCUGUCUAUUUACUUCGUUUGGCUCCCCCCACAUCUCCCCUUCCCUCCUCCCCUCCUCCGUUACGCCAUCUCGAAUCCCGCUCCGGAGCCCGUCACGAACCCUAAGCAACAGUCCCCUAAACCCCUCCCCUCCGCCAUUGCCGAUCCCACUCAUCCCCUCCGACGCAACCAUUCUUUUCGUGAUACAUCCUUAGAUCGAUGAUCACGUGGCGCCGUUAAUGCCUCGCUCGGGCUUGCGUCCCCGUUAGAACCCCCGUGGUAGGAGUUUCUGAUCGCAGCGUCUUGAGAUGAGUGAGUGAUCUCGAUGGCCGUGACAAUGGCGAAGCAGCUCAGUCCCCAGUGCCUGAGUGGGGUCUCCCCGCCGUGCUCGGCCUUCCUGGUCUCCGAGAAGUGGCUCCGGACCGCCUGGGCUUGCCAGUGGAGGUGGGCCAUCUCGCGCUCGGUGUUGUGUGGUGUGAUGCUCUUCGCCCUCGGCCUCGUCUCGCUCUUCACUGGCCAGAUUGCUGCCGACCUCGAGUGGUCGCGGAUCCGCGGACGGUGGCGAUCCAAAAGGGUUGGAUACAGUACUCCAACUGAUAUAUGGAAAUCAGAAUUUGCAAAUCUCUAUCAUGGUUGUAGUGAUAGAAGCCCUCAUUUUAGAGAUGCAGUGCAUGAUAGUGAAUCCAACGGUUACCUGUUAAUUGCAACAAGUGGAGGACUAAACCAACAAAGAACAGGGAUAACGGAUGCUGUUGUUGUAGCCCGGAUCUUAAAUGCCACUUUAGUUGUUCCUGAGCUUGAUCAUCAUUCUUUUUGGAAAGACGACAGUGACUUUGCAGACAUUUUUGACGUUGACUGGUUCAUUAACUCCCUUUCGAAAGAUGUACCUGUUGUUAAAAGGAUUCCAGACAAAGUAAUGAGGUCAAUGGAAAAACCUCCAUACACAAUGCGCGUUCCAAGAAAAUCUACUCCUGAAUAUUACCUUGAACAAGUGCUUCCAUUACUAUUACGGAGACGUGCUGUGCAGUUGACCAAGUUCGAUUAUAGGCUUACAAACAAACUUGAUGAGGAACUGCAGAAGUUACGCUGCCGCGUAAAUUAUCAUGCACUAAGGUUUACAAAACCGAUAAAAUUAAUUGGUCGGAAGCUGGUCAAGAGAAUGCGAACAAUGAGCUCACGUUACAUUGCUGUCCAUUUGAGGUUUGAACCUGACAUGCUUGCAUUUUCUGGCUGUUACUUUGGUGGUGGAGAUAAAGAACGUAAUGAGCUUGGUGAAAUUAGGAAGCGUUGGGCAACAUUACCUGAUAUGAGAGCUGAGGUGGAGCGAAGCCGAGGAAAAUGUCCGCUGACUCCACAAGAAGUAGGUUUAAUGCUAAGAGCUCUUGGCUUUGUAAACAACACUUAUCUUUAUGUUGCUUCUGGAGAAAUAUAUGGUGGAGAAGCAAGCUUGCAGCCUCUUAAAGACCUCUUUCCAAAUUUUUAUACAAAGGAAAUGCUUGCCGGAAAUGAUUUGAAGCCCUUCCUUCCGUUCUCUUCUCGUCUUGCUGCUAUUGACUACAUUGUUUGCGAUGAGAGUGAUGUCUUUGCCACAAAUAAUAAUGGAAAUAUGGCUAAGAUUCUUGCCGGUCACAGGAGGUACAUGGGACAUAAGAGAACCAUAAGGCCAAAUGCUAAAAAGCUUAGCUCUUUAUUUAAGGCAUGCAAACAGAUGGAGUGGGAGAUGUUCUCCAGGAAGGUGAAGUUAGUCCAGAGAGGCUUCAUGGGGGAACCAGAUGAGAUGAGGCCAGGGAGGGGUGACUUCCAUGAGUUUCCAUCUUCCUGCAUCUGUCAAAAUCCAGAUCACCUUGUAAUAGGUUGGAUUUCCAUGAAGCCUGGAAUUGGAGGAAAUGAAACGGUGCGACAGCACGCAACACCUGAAGUGGAAAUCAGUGGGGACGAAAGCAGGUUUUUCUGAAUCAGACAGUGAUGUUUGUGGCCAAUUGCUUCCAUUCAAUAAAAAAGGUUCACACUUUGCAGUUCGAUGCAUCUUAGUGGAUGACUGCCUUGUGCCUCGUUAGUGACAUCAUAUGACAAUCCUGGCGAGUUCCGAAGGAUACACAGACUUGUGGUACUUGGGUUAAUGCUGACAAAAUCAUCGAGGAGACAGAAUGGAUGAUUGACCGCUUUUAAAAUUGUCGAUGGUGGUGCAAACCAAGGCAGCCAGCCUCGGCCAUCAAUAUUUUUAUACUGAGAUGAAGCCUCAAGUUUAGAGUCUAUUGUUGUAAGCCAAUGUAAAUUAUAUCACCAAUUUUUCCAGAUUUAAACAGAAAGGCACUUGACCUUACUGCUUGACUUCAUUCUUGUGGCCGUAGCAAUCAUGAGAAAGACUGUAAUAUGAGAUAUUUAUGAUCGUCAAUAUUUUUUCUUCUACGUAA